AUAAGUUUAAAAUGGCUGCUACUUGGUACAGCAAAUAAAUUAAUAAAUUUAAAAAUGUUUUCUUUAAAACCAAUAAGCAUAGUUUUAAAUAAAAAAAAUAAGUUGUUGUUAUCUUAUGAAAUUCUAGUUUUGUGUUGUGUGGACGGAUGUGUGAUGUAAUAGGCAACAACGAAGAAAUAAACCCUCCUAGUUUAAUAAAGCAUCUUUGGAAUGAUAAGAACUUUAUUAUGUUUUCCGGCAAAUUCACAACUUUCUCCAGAAAACUGAUUUACUGAAGAGCAGCUGCACAUUAACUUCAUAAAUUAAGUGGAUGCAAACGAUGGACAAAAUUUCCGUUAAAAAUGGAACGACAGAAUUACAAAUAAAGCAAUCCACCGAUCCUCCUGAAAUUUGUUUCGUUUGUGGCAACCGCGAUCAUCCCCACUCCUAUUGGCUGCACAUAAAACCGCCCCUAAAUAAACCAAAGGAACCGUACUUUCCCUUUCUCGAGUCUCACGAGCCGCCCGCUGGUUAUGUGUCUAAAAGUGAUAUAGCUGUGCGCGUGUGUUAUCUUUGUUAUAAGUUAUUAGUGGAACAGUGGGAUGCUUACGAGCGGGCGUCGCGACCCCAUUCCGAACGACUUUAUUGGCUUAAGCGGGUCGACAAUGGCCCGUAUACGGGAGCUGAUAUGGGUCUGCAGGGAGAAUACGCUGCGCAGGUAUUGGGUAUUAAUAAUGAAUCAACUGUUCCAAUUAGGCCUCCGAAUGGAAGAGCAGAUGGCGUGGUUAAAACAACAGCUGUUCAUCAACGAAGCUCGCCUAGGCUUACACAGUUAACCAGCUUGGAUAAGGAAGAUCGAGAUGUCGUCGUGGAUGCCGCCUUAGACCUUCGAAAUACCAGUUCAAGCUCGCGUAGUUCUCCCAUCUCAACGUCUGUACCUAUAUUUCACUGCCAAAAUUCGAAUUCAUCGACUGGAACGGAUAUAUUAGAUCUUAGUAUGCCAGACAAAAAUUCGGCCACCGAAGUGUGUUACGUUUGCGGCGACGAAUUUAAACGUGGUAGCCUCAAUUACAUUGCCGCGAAGCAGUUACCAGAUACGCCUCCGAAUUAUCAAUUUUUUCCUAGCCUCAUGUUGCAUCCCAGACCUAGCCGUUCGCGACCAAUGGAUUCGGCGGGUCGAGUUCAGGCUUGCGUCGAAUGUCAGCAUCACCUUUUUAAACAGUGGGAUAUGUUUCAAAUGCAAGCCGUGCCUCAUUUCGAACGGAAUUAUACUCUACGUAAACGUCAGGCAGCUGCAGUCGAUACUACCACAUUCAUUUGCUACACCUGCGCAUUAGAGUACCCUUCGAGUAGUUUACGCUUAUUAUAUUGUUGUCCAAAUCCAGAAAAGGAACCCUACUUUCCCUUUAUACAAACCUUAAAACCGCCACCCGGAACUAGUCCUAUUAGCCCUCAAGGUAUGGUCCAAGUCUGCUCGAUUUGUUACAAGUCCAUUCCCCAAAAACAUAAAGCGUUUGGUGGCGAUUCUUCUGUUAUUGUAAACAAUCACGUCUCGUUGGCCGACGUACAAAACCAUCGGAAUAGUAACAGCAAUUCACAACCGUCACAAGUCAAGUCACCUUCGAACAGCACCGGUUCCGACAUCCGCUUCAAACCGUACGAAAUUGGAAAACCCGGUAUUAUAACGACCAAGAAAAAGCAAGCGGCUAACGAGUUACGUGAGAUGGCGAAAAUAAACUCAAUAGCCACCAGAAUAUCGUCACCUGGACCCGAAGUGAACGGUCAAGUGAACAAUCAAAAUUAUCGUUGUUACAUUUGCGGCGGUUUAUUUUCACGAGUUCAAAUGGAGUGGUUAAGUACAAGCGCAGAGGGAAUGAAUUCUCACGCCAUGCAUUUUCCAUGUCUACGAAACGUGUCCCGUACAUCGGAAAAUAGCUGCAUGGACUCUCAUGGGCGAGUGUUGAGCUGUAACAGUUGCGUGAACCAUUUGGCGAGGCAGUGGGAUACUUUGGAAGCUGAACGAGUGCCAUUGGAAAGGAGAAAAUACGAUGUGCCAGGCCCAGAGACAAAUGCAGUUAUUGACAAGAACAUCAGCCCCUCUGGAAGUGUUGUUAGUGAUCGUAGUUUAAUAACCAAUUCUUCUGGUAGCAGUAUUUACUGUUUUCUUUGUGGAUUACAUUCAGAACUGACUUUAGCUCGUGUUUUAUAUAGUAGACCACAAGGAAGAAAUGCACCGUACUUCCCGGCACUGUUAAGUCACGCUAGUCCCUCAAAUGCGGAACAACUUCGAGAAGAUGGCUCGGCAUUGGUUUGCACCUUCUGCUACCAUAGCCUCGUCAGUCAGUGGAGAAGGUACGAGAGCCAAGGUGGCAGCGCACCCCUUGCAGACCGCCGGGAAUACAAUACGCGCGAUUACUGUUGUUACGUGUGCGGUAUCAUCACUUACAGAAAGAGGGUGCGGGCAUUGCAAAUCAAGGAUUUUCCAUUUUUACGCUUUCACCCACAGCCUGAAAACUCGUUGCUAUUAGAGAAUGGAGAUUAUGCGGUCGUUUGUUUAGAUUGCUACGAAACAUUAAGAACGCAAAGUUUGGAGUACGAGAGAUGGGGAUUACCUCUUGACAAGAGGCAGUACAAUUGGCUCACUCAACCGCCGCCUCCAGAAGACAGCCCCGAAGCCAUGGUAGCACGGUUACCUAGUGGUCAACGUAGUGAUAAAGUGGUACCUCAAACUUUUGUGGCACGGCCUUCGAGGAAAAAUUGUUCUCCAAAAACUGAAAAGAAAAUUCCCUCAAAGUCUGAACAAGGUGUAACUACAACUACCAAAACAGUGUUGGCAACAAAUUCCGUAAGUAAGCAUAGAUCUGGCAGCAGUCACGCGAUUUCGGGAACGAGCCAAUCUAGUCAAGGACAGGGUUCACAUUCGUUUGCAGCAGCUUUAAGAAACUUGGCACAGCAAUCAGUUCCUACCACAAGUGAACAUCCGACAACGACGACUGCACCGUCCGCUACGGAUUCUCAUCGAAGGGAUUUAGGCAACGUGCAAGUUAGCGAAAAAUUACCAAAAGCCCCAGAUCUUAAUUUGUUUGGCGGCAGUGGAUCGAAUAUUCGACCUCCCGAAUCUAGACUACAUCCAUCAACAUUGUCUUCGGAUCGGUACCCUGGUUGUUCUCCUCUACCCGAUUUAUCGAGAAGUGGAUUUCAGCCAUACAGGGCCGAAGAUAGACUACCUCAGCUGCCUGUACCUUUGGAUGUAGCGGCCUACCCUCCAUACGGGUACCCACCCCUUUCAUUAAUAGAUGAACAAUUGUAUUUAGAACGAAUGGGGUUAUUGAGACCUCCUUGGCCGCCUAUGGCGUCUCCAUAUAUUCCGUAUAUGAUACCGGGAACGCCAAUGCCUCUAUAUAUGCACGAGAGGUUAAAAUUAGAAGAGGAGUACAGACAAAAACUGGCUCGAAAGGAAGAACAGAUCGAAAGAGAACUACAAGAACAAAGAGAGUUACAUCAGCAACGAGAGCGAGAGCAGAGGGAAAGAGAUAGGCUUCAUCGCGAAAAAGAAAAAGUUCCUUAUAUAAGUGUUCCAACGCAUAUUCCAAAUACUCACAUUUCAUCACAGACCCCCCUUGUAAUGCCCAUGCUACACCCAUCAGUUCACCAUCCUAAGGAAUUGUAUUCAUCCCCAAUGUCACUAUCGACCUCCACCAGACAGUCCCCGCUUAGUUCUAACUUAAUACCUCCUAAUUCUUUACCAAAUUCCUUGCAUAACUAUCCGACCAUACCACGUUCGAGUCCAUCAUUACAACGUCAUUCUCCGCAUUCGACAUUUUACCCGCCGACGUCUCGACCAGAAUACGGAUUAAAUUUAAGCCAACAAAAACAUUCGCCAGUCAUACAGCCAUCCGGUCCCGUUAUCAACAAUAGCUUAGCUCCUCCCGGCCAAUUGGGCAGUCGUGUAUCGCCCAAACCGUCGACUCCGAAACCUCAAGCGAAAUCAACCACUCCAAAACCGAGUACUCCCAUGAACUCGUUGCGCAUUCCAAAUGUAGUUCCGGCAACGCCUAACGUAUCGAGUGUGACAAUUGCUAGUACAUUAUCAAGUACGAUAGUAAACACAAGUGCCGUGAGUAGUGAUGCGAGUGCGAACGUAGCGAUAUCAACUGUGAGUAGUGCGCAAGGUAAGAAAGCUGAAGAAAAUCCGGCAGUAUCUAAUGCGGGUGAGGGAAACUGUGACAAUGGAGAUUCUGCCUGCUGACCCCUCCUACGGGCUGAGAAUCAAACUUCAGAAGAUUACUUAUUUUUUGGUAAUAACUCGUGGUUUUUGUUGGUUUUUUUUAUUCUUAUUAUUUUUAUUGACAUUGCAUGCUUUUUUAAUUGUAUGUGAUUAAUGUUGCAUUUAUAAAUAAUUAUUAAUUUAGUAUGUUGCCGAAAAUGUUCAACUAUUUCCUACCUUUUGUAAAGUAAGUGGGCUGUGGCUUUUUAUUAGUGAUAUGCUGUUACUGUCGUCAUAGUUAAUUUUUUUGCAAGAACGCUAAAGUUGUAUAACCUUAAUUUAUUCAUUGAAUAGUUAGACAUUUCCUGCAACAAGCUGGACCAUUAUAGAAUCAAUUAUAUUUAGUUUUUGCACAAUAUUUUGCAUUCCAUCUUUAUGCUUCUUUUAUUGUGUAAAGAAUGCAUGCAAUGGAUUUUCUGUGAUAUAGUAUUUAAUAUUAUUCUAUUGGACAGUUGCAUAUAUCAUACCAAUUUUACCUUGUAACAUCCUUGGAAAUUGUUAAAGUCAAACAUUCUUAGUUGGAAACCAAUAUAAAUCACAAAUAUUUUGGUGUUUUAUUUUCAAAAUUCUUUGUCACGGAUUUAACUUGGUUACAAAAAAUGGUAUUGGGCAAGUAAGCACAUUUGUUAUACAUGUUUGAACCUGCCUAUGCAGUCUACGCGCUGAUUCCCUUCUUGUUGGCAUUGUUUUAAUUUACCUAAAUUUUUUAAAACUCCAAAAAUUUUAAUCAACUGUCCAAAUCUGACGUUGCAUUUUCAUAGGGGAAUUGUUAGUCGUUUCGUAAUAUGAAAAGGAAUAAAGUUAUUCCUUUAGGUAACAUAGUUUAAUGAAAACAAUAAAUAAAUUUACUAUAACAAUUUAAUGUUAUCACAAAAUGUAUUUUUUUUAAUUAAACACAAAAUUGUGCAAAUACACGUAACCAUAGUCACAAUACCAUACAUGCUUUUGGAACUUACACUUGUAGAAUUACAGAAAAACACAUGUUUCAUGUACAAAGAUUUAGUCUGUAAUUUAUAUUAUGGUGGGCAUAAGCCAGUAUUUAAUUUAAUGUAGCUGAAACUUAAUUUAUACUACCAAAUUAAUUAUAAUCAAUUUAUACUG